AGACCAGAUGUGUCAGUGUCAAAAUUUCGUUCGUCACGUCAAUUUCGUGUAUCUUUUUCGGCACCCAAAUUAUUUUAAUUCUUUGUGAUUUGAGUGUGUGCUAUCAGUUUAAAACGUUUCUUGGAGUUUUUAGUUGGUGCUUUAAUAUUUACCAAUUUUUUUAAAACAAUGCAAAGUGUAAUUAAUACAGUAAAGGGCACCGCUCUGGGGGUGGCUGGGUAUUUGACUCCGGUGCUCAAGGAGUCCAAGUUCCACGAGACUGGUGUGCUGACCCCCGAGGAGUUUGUGGCGGCGGGCGACCACCUGGUGCACCACUGCCCCACCUGGCAGUGGGCCAAGGGCGAGGAGGCCAAGGUGCGGCCCUACCUGCCUGCCGACAAGCAGUUCCUCAUCACUAGGAAUGUGCCAUGCUACAGGCGAUGCAAACAGAUAGAAUAUUGUGAAGACAAAGAGAAAGUGAUAGAAGAUGAGCAUGAUGCAGAUGGAGGAUGGGUGGAUACACAUCACUACGACAACACUGGCUCCCCCACUAUAGAAGAAAAGGUGUGCGAAAUGACGCUGGAAGCGGCGGACACGGGUGACAGCGAGCCGGCGAGCGGCGAUGCGGAUGACGACGACGACGACGGCGAGCCCGAGGACAUGGAGCAGUUCCAGGAGUCUGGCCUGCUGGACGAGGUCGACCCGUCAACAGACCUAGCACCGCGCAAAGAGCCGAAGAGCGCGGCGGCGGGGGCGGGCGCGGGCGCGGGCGCGGAGGGCGACGAGAUCGUGCGCACGCGCACCUACGACCUGCACAUCACCUACGACAAGUACUACCAGACGCCGCGCCUCUGGCUCAUCGGCUACGACGAGGACCGCACACUGCUGAGCGUGGAGCAGAUGUACGAGGACGUGUCGCAGGACCACGCCAAGAAGACCGUCACCAUGGAGGCGCACCCGCACCUGUCCGGGCCCAGCAUGGCCUCCGUGCACCCCUGCAGGCACGCCGAAGUGAUGAAAAAGAUAAUCGAAACGGUGACGGAAAGCGGCGGCGAGAUGGGCGUGCACGCGUACCUCAUAGUCUUCCUGAAGUUCGUACAGAGCGUCAUCCCCACCAUCGAAUACGACUUCACGCAGAACUUCGCCAUGAACUAGCCCCGCCCACGAUAUCGACGAAACGGCGAUAGUCGUAUCGUAUACUUGUAUGGAGUUAAAUGUUCAGAGUGGAUACACUUUCGUGCAAACGAGGUUUGAGUUGGGCACGAAACUGUAUGCAGUAUUUCUGAGGCAUAGCUUUACGUGUAGCUAGCUUUAGGAUAUGGCGGAAUUGAAGUGCACGGCAUCUAAAGUAAGAUUAUUUUUAUUUAUGUUUCCUAGACACUAUCAGCAACAAAACAAUAACCCCCUUACUAAUAAAAAGUUACAGUUGUUGAACACUGUUUUAAAAUGACAUUUCCAUACUAAACGUCACUUUAAAACACUGUUCAACGAGCGUGUAAGUUUUAUUAGUAAGGGAGUAAGGAUUUAAAACAAUUGUGUUACAUGUCACCUCAAUAAGAUAAAUAUUUGCUCAAGAAGUAGACGCUUUGAAAUUUCGAAUAAAUCUUAACUUUGAUGCUGACACAUCUCUAGUUAAUAAUGAGGUAUUGAUACGCCCCAAUUUUUAUAGUAGCAUUUAUACGCGCUUCCCGCCGUGUCCGUAUUAUAGGCCAGUUUAUUAGAUUUUAUACAAUUACUAGUUGUCUGCCCCCGGCUACGCCCGCACUCUGUUUUAUUUUUGCGUGAGAUUGAGAAUCAAUCUACAUAUAUGUUACUCCGAAUUAUAUCAAUGCAAUUCGCAUCGCUUCGUUUCGGUGUUAUAAAAGCACACUUUCAUAUUAACAAUUGAUGUCUCCCAUCAGGCCUUAGUAUAUUAUAGGCCUGUUGAUAUGCCUGAUGACUGUCCUAAGAUAUUAUUCAAGUUCGAGGAUAGUGUAAAAUUGCCAGUACUAUGAUGUUUACUGCUACUUGUGUCUUCGUAACUCGUCUCGACUGCCCAUAAAGUGGGAAUCUUAAAUGCAGGCUGCUAAUUACGGUGCCAUAAAAGAUGCUACAUAAAACUGAAGUAACUGUCUGUUUUACUAGAAGAUAUAAUAAUUAAGUCGAUGUAAUUUUUAAUUUCACUUGCUCAUUUUGGCGGAUGCUGGCAGUUCUCCACUAUGCUUGGGCCCUAUUUAACACGUUCGGCCACUAUUCGCAUUAGGCCGAAUGCCAUUUUAAUAAGUCCCAAAAAUCUUAGCUAUUGUAAACAAAUUGUACAAAUAUUCGUAUGUUGAUCGUUAUUUUACGUUUUAUUUAUAAGUUUUCCUUACAAGUUAAAUGUUUCAUAUUCAUUUCCUUCAUAUUUAUGAUGUUCGGCAUUUAGUAAAAAGUAGACUUUCGGAAAUAUUACGUAAUUUUUUAUAAUCUGAAAGUUUAUUUUCGUAUAAUGAAUCGUAAAUUCUUUGUACCUAUGUAAAUAUUUUGAACAUUAUCAUUUGAAAGGUGCAUUCCGUAUAUCGUAUAAUUGCAAGCACAAACAUUCUGUUCACGUCUUUGUGUAUACGUCUCUCAAUGUAAUUCGGGACAUUCCCAAAAAAAGACGAAUAACAACCAUGGUUGGACUUGGAUUUGUAUAGCUUCAGAUUAAAUGUCAC